AUGCCAGACAAGUUCCACGGAACCGACUUUGACUCUGUGUUCUGGAAGGUAAGUAAUCAUUAGCUGCUUCCUUCUUGCUUAUUACCACUGACAAGCUGCAAAGGCUUCUGGGUGAUCAGGAUGCUGUACUGUAGCUGUCAUCUAUCGCACCACUUAUCUAUCUAUAAAUAUUCAGUGGCGGGUUAAUAGGGCAGUGCCACCUCGUGAGGCGUUGGAAGUCUUAGACUGUGUUUCAAACACAUAAAAGACACACCCUCCUCCACUUACCUUCACCUUAUGCCCUUGGGGGAAUCCCUGCGGCCAUCUUUGUCGUCGGUCCAAAUGAUCAGCCAAGCAAGAGAAGUUGGCAACGUAAGCCCCUCAGCCCUCGUUUUUGAUCGAGUUUGCGAGUGUACAAUUAUGUUCACUCCGGGGCCUGAAACGCCCCAUAAUUCAAUUCGUGAUGUAAGUAAGUUAGAAAUUGUGGUACUAAUGCACAUGACAGCUCAAACACAUAUCAUAAAAGUAAUGUUGUUGUUGUUUGGUUAGCUUUUGGAAACGUUAGCUUGCGCAUACAACUUUCCCUGACAUCACACUUAUACAUUGUCAUUUUCGAUUUAUCGGAUAUAGUCUGAUGGCUAACAUUCGAUGUCUGCGGAUGCGUUGUCUUCUAGCCAAGAUAUGAAAUGCAAUCAUAAUUGACUGUAGCGCAUGAUGACUGAAAACACAACCGUGGGAUGGACGAGUGACAAAUAUACGGGCAAGAGCGGCCCAUUUAAAAUGCAUUAUUUAUUCCCUCGCCCCUUGCCCUGCAAGUGUCAACUUGUCAGACGUCAUGAUACGUCAUCAGAAGUGUCCACUUAAUUUGAGGGCUGAGGGGAGAGGGUGUCUUUUAAGUGUUUGGAAUGCAGCCUUAGUAUUUACUUAGUAUAUAAGUUACUUAGUAUUCUUCUUGUCAGAACUGCGUCCUUCCUUCCUGACUUUCAACAACCAUCCACACCCCUUUUAUACACUAGUCUUAUGAUCGAAUUAAGUAAAAUCCAUUUAAAUUAAAUCAGGUGUUUACUAUGUGACAGUUUCUCAGAGAAUUACCCUCCCAUAUUGACAGUAAAAGGAGUUAACAAGAAUUUAGAGAGUGAUUCAGUCAGACUUGUGUUAGCAAUAUCUAUGCAGUGUCUUUGUAUAAAAUCUAGAACAAAACUCAGGUCUAAUUGUUUUUUUAAACACAUAUCAAAUUUACACUUUAAAAAGUUAAGCUUCCUCGAGUAUCCUUUAGGGGUUCUUCAAAUUGAAACUGUGGGGGAACCCCUAUAAGUUUUUCUAAGAACCCUUGAAAAAGGUUAUUCGAAGAACCCCUUUAAUGGUUCCUCUAAUAACCUUUUGGGGUUAAUUUUCUUAACUCCCUGUUAAAAACACAUUUUAAUAAUAAUAACAACAUUGACAACAUUGAUUUAAAUAGUUGUUUAUUUAGUGGCACCACAAAUGUGAAUGAAUAUUUACAAAAUAAUUUACCAAAUAAAACAAAUUACAAAAUCGCAACAUUUCUGCAGACAUGUCAGACCAUAAUAAAUAAUACAUUUACUUUGUAUAGUGCUUUUCAUUUACAUAAAAAUAAAUAAAAAAGAAUGAUGUACAAUAAAAACAUACAUUAAAAAUGAAUCAUAGGUAAACUAACAAUAUUGUAGAUUUGAUGCUAAAUACAGAUUGCAUUUUGCUGCUUUAGUGUGUGUGUCCAACAGCCACUUGCCCAACAACCACUUAGUUAUGUUAGGAAGUUUGCCAUCCUUAUGACCGGCCCUGGUAACUUCACCCCAACUUCUCUUAUCCCCAGAACACAGUAACUUAAGAACAUAUGUUUUUCUGACAUUUUUGGGAAAUUUCACCCGAAAAAAAAAAAAAUACAGCUCUGGCAGAGCCCCAAGUCCCAUGGGGACGUCCUCUAGGGCGUGGAUGUUCUCCCCAUCAGAGGCCAGCGUGAUUUCACUCUCAUGGUGAAAUGGAUUUCUGCCGAUGUGCAGUAAAGGAGUGGGGAGCGGUGACAUCUGUGUCAACAAAAGGAAGAAAAGAUUAAUACACAUACAAUUAACAUAAUAAAUGUUCAGUUGAAUUUUUAUAUAAGAAUGCACACUUAUGUUUAUGAAGAAACAGAUGAUUUGUGCAUAGGCAUACCUUGUCACGGACAUAAAGGCCACUCGGGUGAAGAGGUCGGGCAAGAGCAGGAUCGCUGCUGUGGUCUCCAGUCCAAGGAAAGUAAAGCAAUGAUCUUACUACACUUGCUAAUUUUAUUUCAAAAUACAUAUUUUUAAUGUACUAUGUGUUGACUACAUUAGAGAAAGGAAAGAAUAAGAUCAAAUACCCCUGUGUGCCUCUUCUGUAUUGUCCUUCAGGGACUGUCGAAACAGCAGGAUGAUGUCCUCACCCCUCGCCUCUCUACCUCUGCUAGCAUUUUGCCACUAGCCUUGCGGAGUCCUUGAAUUAUCUUUUUGUCUAUAUCCAUUCCAUGGACUUGAUACAUUUCUGAGAAGAUCUGAAAAUAUUAUUAGCACACAUUGUAUUUCUGUAGGUUUAACUUAAUUCACAGACUUAAAAAAUGGAAAAUGUGUGACCUAACUCACAAUGCUGCAGUGACGCAGUGCAGGAAACUCAUUAAGGAUCUCUUUGGUGUGGUGGGUGCCGAUAAAAUGGUCUCUCUCCACCGGGUUCCUCUUCAUUUUGUCCUGCAGGAGGCUAAGGUCAGGAUGGUUUCUUUUGCAUUCCUCCUUCAUUCUUUCGAUUUGCUUUGUCACACUGAAAGUGUCCUCCGCACUCCGCAUCAAUGCCUAGUAAAGUUUAGUACAAUAACAGUCAAUUUCGUCAGAAUAAGAAAAGUGAGAGUUUGUUUCAAAUUCAUGAUCCAAUGAGCAUAUGUUGACAAUUAUACGACUGUUAUUUACUUGGUUCAAAAGUGGUGUAGCAGACACGCCCCCAAGUAGCUCCACAUCAUGCACAUUAUAGUCACCUAUGACAGAAACACACAUAUGCACAGGUAAAGCUCUGAAUGUUCCCACUUCAUUGGAUAGUCACAUAUAUUGUAUGGUCCAUAUAUACUCAAAUUAUACUCACAAACUAUUAACUGCAACUUUGUUGACAAGCAAACACUUGCUGGAACUAAGUUUAGGUUUAGGGGUAGGGGUAAGGUUAGCCACAAAACUUAGCUGUCUUUAAUGCUGGGCCUGCAUUCCCAUCAGAACUCCUUUUCUGUGUGAACUUAGCUCUGAUGAUUGCAACCUCUGUUUUGCAGACAAGAGGUUGUCUUUCUUUUUUAAAUAUUUUUUUUUAAUCAUCCCAUGCCAUGAUUCCUUAGUAAAGGAGAAUGGAGAUGUAGUUAUUAGUAAUGAACACACGUUAUUGUGAAAUGUGUAAAAAAAUAAAGUAAAAAUAUCCUUGUCCUAUACGGUCCCUUAGAAAUGGGUAGUUGGCCACCAGUGAUGUACAGACGUCGGUAUAUUGUCUGCUUGUAGGGUACCUUUGAAAAUAGUAAAUCAAUGUAGUGUUCCAUUACAGCAUAACACAUCACAUGACUACACACACAAACAAACUUACAUGACGUGCCAAUUUAGAAACUAUCAAAUAAAACUUGGAUGAUUUGGCUCCUCCACUUGGACCAAUGAGUGGGCAUCUUCACUCUGUUGGUUGAGAUUAUACUGCGGGGAACUCAGGAAGGGUGAAUAUUGUGGGCCACAGUUUUGUGUUGGUUGGUGGAUCGUGGUUGUUGGUUGGCGAGAGCUGAGACAUUUACAUUUUAGUCAUUUAGCAGACGCUCUUAUCCAGAGCGACUUGUUAGUGAGUGCAUACAUAAUCUUUUAUACUGGCCCCCCGUGGGAAACGAACCCACAACCCUGGCGUUGCAAACGCCAUGCUCUACCAACUUCACUACCCCGGACGACGCUGGGCCAACUGUGCACCGCCCCAUAGGUCUCCCGGUCGCGGCCGGCUACGACAGAGCCUGGAUUCAAACCAGGAUCUCUAGUGGCACUGCGAUGCAGUGCCUUAGACCACUGCGCCACUCGGGAGACAUAGAAGCAUAUACGUUUACAUGUUUAGUUCUGUCGUCACAAAUACAAAACAGGGUGUAGAAUCUAUACAGCAAGAAACAAAGUAUGAAUUCUUGUUAUGGUAUUACAAGUUCAAUAGCUUUGUUGUACAAGGAACAAUUAUAUAGAGAUUAUUAUAUCGAAAAAUAGUUGCUGAAUACCUCACAGUUACAUACUUCUUUAAAUUUCCAAUUAAUUUAGUCCUGUGUUGCUCAGUUGGUAGAGCAAUGCACUUGCAACUCCAGGGUUGUGGGUUCGAUUCCCAUGGGGGACCAGUACGGGAAAAAAAUAAAAAUUCAUUAACUGUAAGUCGCUCUGGAUAAGAGCGUCUGCUAAAUGACUAAAAUGUAUUCAUGACAGGAAACAGCUGUUCGAUCAUCCUGUUGUUCAAGCCCAUGAGUGUCUCACCAUUGAUGAGGUGGUCUGUUGAAAAAGUUUUAUUAGAUAUGAGAUUAAUAGCAGUAGUUGUGUUACAGGAUUAUAUAUUGCAUUGGAGUCAAGACUGGAGCCAAGUCUACAGACCAAGACCCAUCCUCUUAAAACCAAGAUAUCAAACGCUGUUUAAAUGCUGAAACACAAGACGCAAGACUCCAUCUCAAUUUUAGUCAAGACAAAAUCACCUGCAAAUCCAAUGUCGGAGAGGGAUUGUGAGUCUCUCCUUGGGAUCAAGGCAGCUGUCCAGACCAUGGCAUGCCAGUUCCUCCCCAGGCACCACGGCUGCCCACUGGAGACUGUCCUCAACCACAUGGGCAUGUGCAUGGCUGUUGAAACAAGAGGGAGUCAUGAGCUUUCCACACAAAUACCAGCUGCCCAAUAUGCUGUAUAUGUGGUUUACUUUGAAGAACACUGGAAUCUCCUCAGUGUGCACCAUCCCAAUCACCAGACAAUCGCCAAUCUUGUAUGACACGCUGUCUACAGUGAUGCACAUUUUGUUGACAUGGUCUGGAUUCAGAUCCUCUCCAAAUCUAGCCUGCAGAGCACAAGUGACAGAGACUGAGAGGGCAUGAAUUGGGAUGUCUCUCUUGUCUGCGCAGAGUGGUACUGUGCUUCCUAAGCAUGUGUUCUUUGACUGCUCCCAGCAUUGUCUCAUCUGGUGUCUUUUGGCCAGUGUCUUUGCAAUGUUUUUGUAGUUGCAGAUGAUGUAAAUUCUCUUGAAGUACGGAUGUUUGGCUUCAAAGCGCAUACACAAUAGAUGGAUAAGUGCUCCAUAUGCCAUCAGCUGUCGGGGGUAAUGGAUCAGAAAGUGCAUCUUGGGUGUUUGCUUGUUUGGGAAGACUUCUUGAAAAAGAGCAUGCAAUUCCAUAAUGUUCUCUUCCAGGUAUGGUACCCAAGACCUUUUGAUGGUAGGCAUCAUGAUUAUGUCCCAAUGUCUCUCAGUAACAGGUACACUUCCCUGUUACAGGAGGGGGUGUCGCAGUUCCGGAGCGACCCACUAGGUGUCAUCCUCCGACAACCUUAGGCACCUCCUCACUCGCAGUCUGGACUAAUCAUUAUCUUAUUGGGGUCUACCUGUUCACCUGUGUAUUUAUGCCCUCACUUCCCUGUGUUCCCUUGCUCAGUUUUCUGUAAGGGUUGGUGUGAGGGGUGACCCAGGUGCGGUGCAGGAUAGACAGUAGGCAGUAGGCAGAGAUGGUGAAACAAGGAUCUUUACUGAUGGUCCCGAAACCAGGAUACAAAAUAACAGACUUUACAAGAAAAAGAAAGGUGGAGCAAAUAAGACUUCAAAAAGCAGGCUGCCAGCCAAAAUAAGAAAUACUAACUGUGACUGAAAUAAUAACUAAACAGGGACCUGUCCAUAUGUCCCACGAUCAGACGCUGAUUAGUACUGCUUGGCAUAGUGAAACUAGCAGAGAAAACUGAGCGAGGGAACACAGGGAAGUGAGGGCAUAAAUACACAGGUGAACAGGUAGACACAGGUGACACCAAUAGCAUCAUGAUUAGUCCAGACUGUGAGUGAGGAGGUGCCAAAGGUUGUCGGAGGAGGACACCUGGUGGAUCGCUCCGGAACUGCACCCCCUCCUGUAACACUUCCCAUGCAUCACAGCUAACUAUUUGGGAUCCAAUCAUUUGGGGAAGCGAUCAAAAGAUGGUGAAUUUCUCAGAUGCACUCCCAGCCAGCUGCCCAUUCUUCCUCAGGACAUGCUCAGAUAGUGGUGGUGGUCGUCUGGAUGCUCUGUCGUAGUUGUCAUAGGGGAAGUUAUCUCGUAAUUUAGCUGGGCCACAGUGAUUUGUUUUGUCUUCACAAGCUCCUGUAACAUCAACCUCAGUACAGCAGGUAUGAUGCCCUCAAGGAAGUCAUGCAUCACGUCAGGGGGAAAUAAAUACAGUGAGGGAAAAAAGUAUUUGAUCCCCUGCUGAUUUUGUACGUUUGCCCACUGACAAAGAAAUUAUCAGUCUAUAAUUUUAAUGGUAGGUUUAUUUGAACAGUGAGAGACAGAAUAACAACAAACAAAUCCAGAAAAACGCAUGUCAAAAAUGUUAUAAAUUGAUUUGCAUUUUAAUGAGGGAAAUAAGUAUUUGACCCCUCUGCAAAACAUGACUUAGUACUUGGUGGCAAAACCCUUGUUGGCAAUCACAGAGGUCAGACGUUUCUUGUAGUUGGCCACCAGGUUUGCACACAUCUCAGGAGGGAUUUUGUCCCACUCCUCUUUGCAGAUCUUCUCCAAGUCAUUAAUGUUUUGAGGCUGACGUUUGGCAACUCGAACCUUCAGCUCCCUCCACAGAUUUUCUAUGGGAUUAAGGUCUGGAGACUGGCUAGGCCACUCCAGGACCUUAAUGUGCUUCUUCUUGAGCCACUCCUUUGUUGCUUGGCUGUGUGUUUUGGGUCAUUGUCAUGCUGGAAUACCCACCCACGACCCAUUUUCAAUGCCCUGGCUGAGGAAAGGAGGUUCUCACCCAAGAUUUGACGGUACAUGGCCCCGUCCAUGGUCCCAUUUGUGAAGUUGUCCUGUCCCCUUAGCAGAAAAACACCCCCAAAGCAUAAUGUUUCCACCUCCAUGUUUGACGGUGGGGAUGGUGUUCUUGGGGUCAUAGGCAGCAUUCCUCCUCCUCCAAACAUGGUGAGUUGAGUUGAUGCCAAAGAGCUCCAUUUUGGUCUCAUCUGACCACAACACUUUCACCCAGUUCUCCUCUGAAUCAUUCAGAUGUUCAUUGGCAAACUUCAGACGGGCCUGUAUAUAUGCUUUCUUGAGCAGGGGGACCUUGCGGGCGCUGCAGGAUUUCAGUUCUUCACGGCGUAGUGUGUUACCAAUUGUUUUCUUGGUGACUAUGGUCCCUGCUGCCUUGAGAUCAUUGACAAGAUCAUCCCGUGUAGUUCUGGGAUGAUUCCUCACAGUUCUCAUGAUCAUUGCAACUCCAUGAGGUGAGAUCUUGCAUGGAGCCCCAGGCAGAGGGAGAUUGACAGUUAUUUUGUGUUUCUUCCAUUUGCGAAUAAUCGCACCAACUGUUGUCACCUUCUCACCAAGCUGCUUGGUGAUGGUCUUGUAGCCCAUCCCAGCCUUGUGUAGGUCUACAAUCUUGUCCCUGACAUCCUUGGAGAGCUCUUUGGAAUCUGAUUGAUUGAUUGCUUCUGUGGACAGGUGUCUUUUAUACAGGUAACAAGCUGAGAUUAGGAGCACUCCCUUUAAGAGUGUGCUCCUAAUCUCAGCUCAUUACCUGUAUAAAAGACACCUGGGAGCCAGAAAUCUUUCUGAUUGAGAGGGGGUCAAAUACUUAUUUCCCUCAUUAAAAUGCAAAUCAAUUUAUAACAUCUUUGACAAGCAUUUUUUCUGGAUUUUGCUGUUGUUAUUCUGUCUCUCACUGUUCAAAUAAACCUACCAUUAAAAUUAUAGACUGCUAAUUUCUUUGUCAGUGGGCAAAUGUACAAAAUCAGCUGGGGAUCAAAUACUUUUUUCACUCACUGUACAUCAUGGGUGAAGGUGCAUAUGUCAUGUCAGAGAUGCAGCAUGGACUUCUGACACCAUAGACUCUUGCAUUUUCUUGGUUUUCUUGGACUGCCAGUAGGUGGUAGCUGUAAUAUGUUAAGUCACGUAUGGUGAACUCCCCCUCUGUAAACUUCGAACAGAUAUCGUCCUUGGUUGCUGUGCAAAAGCGACAGAUCCUUCCUGAACUGAAGUUUCUUGGCAAACUAGCAACAUCAUGGCGGAGAUUGUGGCAAUGGUGGCAUGAAAGACCUUGCUUUCUCCAUUGCACUCCAAAGAAACACCUUGUGUCUCCAGCAGUCUGAUAUCACCAAGCAGAGGCUGGAAGACUUCAUCAUAACUUGUUACUCCUUUCUGAAUUAGCUUGUGUUGUAUCAGGGUGGAGAGGUAAAUGUUUUGCAGCUGAGAUGUGUGUUUCUUGUCAAGAUUGCCAAUUUUGAAAUACACAGCUGAAAGCUUGCGUUUUCCUUUUUUUGAUCCAAGUGGAUUGACAACCUCAAAUUCAUCUAUAUAAAAAUGAAGCCGCAUCGUUUGCUUUUGUGUGAGCAAGGGAUUGCUCUUGAAAAAAAAAACAUCUGUGAAAUCACUCAAGAUUUCAUCGUUGGCAGGUUCUUCUUCUCUAUUUAAGCUCGCCCAAACAUCUUCAUUUUUUGCCACCUUCUUCAAAAGGUCAGGUAGUGGGAUGUACUGAAAACUGGCUCUGUCCUGUUCUUCACCACUCAGAUGUAUCUCUCUCAGUCCAACCAUUCCCAUUUCUUCACAGCAGUAUUGCUCCAGCAUCCACUCUGUGUUGAUGCUUCUCAUGCACUCUUCAAAAACCUUUGUCUGGUUUAAAAGCUCACACAAGUCAUUGUUCUCAUCUACAGUGGGGGAAAAAAGUAUUUGAUCCCCUGCUGAUUUUGUACGUUUGCACACUGACAAAGAAAUUAUCAGUCUAUAAUUUUAAUGUUAGGUUGAUUUGAACAGUGAGAGACAGAAUAACAACAAAACAAUCCAGAAAAACGUAUGUCAUAAAUGUUAUAAAUUGAUUUGCAUUUUAAUGAGGGAAAUAAGUAUUUGACCCCCUCUCAAUCAGAAAGAUUUCUGGCUCCCAGGUGUCUUUUAUACAGGUAACGAGCUGAGAUUAGGAGCACACUCUGAAAGGGAGCUCAGCUUGUUACCUGUAUAAAAGACACCUGUUCACAGAAGCAAUCAAUCAAUCAGAUUCCAAACUCUCCACCAUGGCCAAGACCAAAGAGCUCUACAAGGAUGUCAGGUACAAGAUUAUAGACCUACACAAGGCUGGAAUGGGCUACAAGACCAUCGCCAAGCAGCUUGGUGAGAAGGUGACAACAGUUGGUGCGAUUAUUCACAAAUGGAAGAAACACAAGAACUGUCAAUCUCCCUCGGCCUGGGGCUCCAUGCAAGAUCUCACCUCGUGGAGUUGCAAUGAUCAUGAGAACGGUGAGGAAUUAGCCCAGAACUACACGGGAGGAUCUUGUCAAUUAUCUCAAGGCAGCUUGGACCAUAGUCACCAAGAAAACAAUUGGUAACACACUACGCCGUGAAGGACUGACAUCCUGCAGCGCCCGCAAGGUCCCCCUGCUCAAGAAAGCACUUAUACAGGGCCGUCUGAAGUUUGCCAAUGAACAUCUGAAUGAUUCAGAGGAGAACUGGGUGAAAGUGUUGUGGUCAGAUGAGACCAAAAUCGAGCUCUUUGGCAUCAACUCAACUCGCCGUGUUUGGAGGAGGAGGAAUGCUGCCUAUGACCCCAAGAACACCAUCCCCACCGUCAAACAUGGAGGUGGAAACAUUAUGCUUUGGGGGUGUUUUUCUGCUAAGGGGACAGGACAACUUCACAGCAUCAAAGGGACGAUGGACGGGGCCAUGUACCGUCAAAUCUUGGGUGAGAACCUCCUUCCCUCAGCCAGGGCAUUGAAAAUGGGUCGUGGGUGGGUAUUCCAGCAUGACAAUGACCCAAAACACACGGCCAAGGCAACAAAGGAGUGGCUCAAGAAGAAGCACAUUAAGGUCCUGGAGUGGCCUAGCCAGUCUCCAGACCUUAAUCCCAUAGAAAAUCUGUGGAGGGAGCUGAAGGUUCGAGUUGCCAAAUGUCAGCCUCCAAACCUUAAUGACUUGGAGAAGAUCUGCAAAGAGAAGUGGGAUAUAAUCCCUCCUGAGAUGUGUGCAAACCUGGUGGCCAACUACAAGAAACGUCUGACCUCUGUGACUGCCAACAAGGGUUUUGCCACCAAGUACUAAGUCAUGUUUUGCAGAGGGGUCAAAUACUUAUUUCCCUCAUUAAAAUGCAAAUCAAUUUAUUACAUUUUUGACAUGUGUUUUUCUGGAUUUGUUUGUUGUAAUUCUGUCUCUCACUGUUUAAAUAAACCUACCAUUAAAAUUAUAGACUGAUCAUGUCUUUGUCAGUGGGCAAACGUACAAAAUCAGCAGGGGAUCAAAUAUUGUUUUCCCUCACUGUAUAAAUUGAUUCAGCUCCCUCCACAGAUUUGUUUCUAAGAUGGAAUUUCAAGGCAUCACUGUAAUGGGACAUAAAUGAAUCAAAAAUAGAAUGAAGAUCCUCCACUAUACUGCUCUGCACAGUCACAGCAACACAAUGCUUCUCUCUGAUCUUCAACAUAAAAAGGCAGAGGUUUGUCUUAAGGCCUCUAACCAGGUCUUCAGUUUUGAAGUCCAAGGACUCAAUAACAUUAGUUCCACGCGAGAUCAGACAUCAUCGUUCACAUUUUCCUCAAUGUAGUCAGGCACAGGGAUUACAGAACCAUUAGGCCUAUCUGUCAGCAAAUCUUUGUGUUUUCUGUAUAUAUGUGUCCUAUAUGACGCAAAGCAUUUACAUGUUUUCAUGCAACCUCCAAGUCUACAUGUUAACAGAAACCCUGGCUCACUCUGGUGAUACAGACCAAUGUGGCUAAUCUGUUUCAUGAGCAAUAAUGCUUGUUGCAUAUUGGGCAGUUAUACAAAGCAGGCAUUUUGACUGGUGUUGACUGGCAGGUGGACUAGCAGUUAAAGCAUUCGAAUCGUCCAGCCGACAAGGUGAAAAAAUCUGUUGUUCUGUCCUUGAGCAAGGGAGUUAUAAGAUCUCCACAACAAGAGCUACCAGGUAGUUGUGUUAAAAGCGGAAGUCAAGUUUUGGUUGGACCUUGCAGGCAAUUGACAAUAACAAAUUGAAAAGGAGAGGUGUAGUCCUCCAACUGAUUUUGCUGAAGCCACUGGCAGACAUCCUCCACUGACCAUCCAUAUACUUCAGAAUUUCUGAAAAGAAACAACAGAAUCAGAUUUCAUGCCGGAGUCCAGUUGGGCUAUGCAAAGGCACUACAUACCCUGUCCCCACCAGGAAUACCAAUGAAAUGACCAAAACCAACUCACCAAAGACACUGGUGUGCCAUUUGAAUUCCAUUAGUAUGCUAAUAGAUUUCAGUUUGUAUUGACUGCUAUGUAGGUUAAAUGUAAACUUGAAAUGCAGCUGUCCAACAACAUAUCCUUACCGUUAUUCAUUAGUAUUUUAUAUCAUUAUAUAAAUUAUUUAGAUACGUAUUCAGAGCCAAACAUCAACCCAACUUACCUUUUUAACUGUUGUCGCAUUCAAACUCCAGCAACAAUGUGGGUUCCUCGAUGAACCCCACCUCCUAAGAAGUUAUCCUGAAGAACCUUUGGGGGCUGUUUUUCAUUGCCAAGAACCAUAAGGUUCUUCGAGGAUCUUUGAGGAUCUUAGAAGAACUCCAGUUGAACCCCUCAUUUUUUAGAGUGUAGCUGUGUUCACAUGCUGAGCAAAAACUUCACAUCACACCAUAUUUUCACGUUUAUUACAUAUUUUAUUCACAUGUUAACACCACCUUUUCACAUGUGAUAAGAAAAACAUUUUUUCACCUCAAUUGUGAAUUGCAGUUGCAAAUGUGAAAUUUGCGCUUUCACAUAUUAAAAUCGGUUAUGCAGUUUCACCUGAAAAACGUUCUUAUGUGAAAAUUGGACAUUCACAUGUGGAAUUGAAUUUUCACAUGUAAAAACAACCACAUGUAAAAAUCCCAUUUGCAGUUUCACAUGCUAGAACACUUGGUGGCUCCUUAUUUAUCCUGUUUAACAUGUUAAAAUUAACUGAUUUAAUCAGUUAACUCAACUUUACUUUUGUAAUUUUAGUGCACACAUUUUUUUAUCACGUUCAAAAUACACUGAAAACAUCCAACAUACAUAAUCUAUACAGCUAAAAACACAAUGCAAUGUCAAAACAAGUUGACAUUGAGGUUAAAGAAAGUGUGUUUAUCAAUUAACCAGAUUUUGCUAACCAUUACUUUGGACAAAAAUCAAGACGUAAAUAUUUUUGUAAUGCUUUUUGCAUAAAUAAUCUUAAAUUACAGCUCAAGUUGAGCAAAUUCUUAAUUUGCGAUUAAUCGUAAUUAAUCACAGCAAAUCCUGCUGUAAGUUCAAUUACAUUUGAUAGUCCUAGUUACGAAGAUAUACAUGUGCAAGUGUAGCGGGCAUGAGUCGGUCAUGGUUGCUCAUGGUCACGUGAUGAGGUAGUCUCGCCUGCGACUUCAAAAUUAGUGUUGGCCGUCUUGGUCUAAUGGUCAAGACGUUGGCUUCUCCCAUGGGUUCUAAUCCCACCGGCUACAAAAGCACACAUAUGAAACUCAUGAUGUGAAAUGUUGGGAGACCACACGUGUCUGAGUAAUGUGAGAAAUCCAUGUGAAUCUUCCCACGUGACAUUUUUUAUGUGAUUUGUUCACAUGUGAAAGAUUCAUGUGAAACAUCACAGGUGUCCGAAAACCACGUGUCUGAUUCUUGAAAAUGUCACGUGAAAAAAAAGGUAUAUACACUACAUGACCCAAAAUAUGUAGACACCUGCUUAUCGAACAUCUCAUUCCAAAAUCAUAGCCAUUAAUAUGGAGUUGGUCCCCCCUUUGCUGCUAUGACAGCCCCACUUUUCUGGGAAGGCUUUCCACUAGAUGUUGGAACAUUGCUGCGAGGACUUGCUUCCAUUCAGCCACAAUAGCAUUAACGAGGUCAGGCACUGAUGUUGGGCGAUUAGGCCUGGCUCGCAGUCUGCGUUCCAAUUCAUCCCAAAGGUGUUCGAUGGGGUUGAGGUCAGGGCUCUGUGCAGGUCAGUCAAGUUAUUCAUCACCGAUCUCGACAAACCAUUUCUGUAUGGAUCUCGCUUUGUGCACGGGGGCAUUGUCAUGCUGAAACAGGAAAGGGCCUUCCCCAAACUGUUGCCACAAAGUUGGAAGCACAGAAUCGUCUAGAAUGUCAUUGUACAGUAUGCUGUAUCAUUAAGAUUUCGCUUCACUGGAACUAAGGGGCCUAGCCCGAACCAUGAAAAACAGCCCCAGACCAUUAUUCAACCCCCACCAAUCUUUACAGUUGGCACGAUGCAUUCGGGCAGGUAGCGUUCUCCUGGCAUCCACCAAACCCAGAUUCGUCCGUCGGACUGCCAGAUGGUGAAGCGAAAUUCAUCACUCCAGAGAACGCGUUUCCACUGCUCCAGAGUCCAUUAGCGGCGAGCUUUACACCACUCCAGCCGACUCUUUGCAUUGAACAUGGUGAUCUUAGGCCAUGGAAACCCAUUUCAUGAAGCUCCCGACGAACCGUUCUUGUGCUGACGUUGCUUCCAGAGGCAGUUUGGAACUCGUUAGUGAGUGUUGCAACCGAGGACAGACAAUUUGUACACGCUACGCACUUCAGCACCUGGCGAUCCCGUUCUGUGAGCUUGUGUGGCCUACCACUUCGCGGCUGAGCCGUUGUUGCUCCUAAAUGUUUCCACUUCACAAUAACAGCACUUACAGUUGACAGGGGCAGCUCUAGCAGAAAUUUGACAAACUGACUUGUUAGAAAGGUGGCAUCCUAUGACCGUGCCACGUUGAAAGUCACUGAGCUCUUCAGUAAGGCCAUUCAAAUGCCAAUGUUUGUCUAUGGAGAUUGCAUGGCUGUGUGCUCGAUUUUAUACACCUGUCAUCAACGGGUGUGGCUGAAAAAGCCGAAUCCAUUAAUUUGAAGGGGUUUCCACAUACCUUUGUAUUUAUAGUGUAUUUUGUUCACGUGUCCAAAAACCAUGUGUUUUUUCACGUUCUUUUCAAGUGUUUUUUUUUUGUAUGGGAUGUCUAUGGCAGUGUACUGUAUGUUCGAUUGAAUUGAAUCCCUGAGUCAAGACAGCCAUACAGUAUGCCACAUGCAUCAAUGGGAAGUCUUGUGUUGUUAUCUCUGGCUAAAAGUUCCAGGAUCACUUAGCUUACCAUCCCCAAAUACAAAACAUUGCGGUGAAAAAACUAAAAUCGACCAUAGAAGAGUAUCUCAUUGUAGUGACAUCAGUUCCUGUGUGUGUGUGUGUGUCCAGACUGACAUGCAGAAGCUGACGGUAGAGGAGCUGAAGAGGCUGCUGUACGACACGUUCUCCGACCACCUCACCAUGAAGGAUAUCGAGAACAUCAUCAUGACCGAGGAGAGCCACAUAGCGAACCCAGGGGCCUGCCAGGUGGAUAUAGACAGUAAGGAAACUUAUAGUACACACUUUGUAGUACACACUUUGUAGUACGCACAUUAUAGUACACACUUUUUGUACAACUUUCUCUAAAAUGUUGUGCACAAAUUUGUUUACAUCCCUGUUAGUGAGUAUUUCUCCUUUGCCAAGACAAUCCAUCCACCUGACAGGUGUGGCAUAUCAAGAAGCUGAUUAAACCGCAUGAUCAUUACACAGGUGCACCUUGUGCUGGGGACAAUUAAAGGCCACUCUAAAAUGUGCAGUUUUGUCACAAAACACAAUGCCACAGAUGUCUCAAGUUUUGAGGGAGCAUGCAAAGCGGCUUAUAGUAGAGAAAUGGACAUUCAAUUCUCUGGCAACAGCUCUGGUGGACAUUCCUGCAAUUCUCUAAAACUUAGUUUUAGAGAAUUUGGCAGUACAUCCAACCGGCCUCACAACCACAGACCACGUGUAACCACACCAGCCCAGGACCUCCAUAUCCGGCUUCUUCACCAGAGGGAUUGUCUGAGACCAAUCAUCCGGACAGCUAAUGAAACUGAGGAGUACUUCUGUUUGUAAUAAAGCUCUUUUGUGGGGGGAAAAUGAAAUCAGAGCUGUAAUCUAUGUAAUUAUGUAUCGCACACACUGGGGUAAAACCACAUUUCCAAGCAGUAUUCAUCCAUAAUAAUUGUGUUCACAUACUUGUACAUUUGGAGAUUAGAUUUCUCAUCUCAUUAGAAAUUACUAUAUAACUUGCCUCUGGUAUCAGAUAUGUGCAGAGCAUCAAAAGAGAUUUGAUUCAACAGACUCACAGGUGCAUGUCUCUCCUCCUUGAAAAUCCCUGACUUUCCUCCUUCUCUUGUCUCCUUUCCCUGUCAUGCAGCUAGUCCAACGCAGCAAGUGAAGCAGACGUGUGUACGCAAGAGCCUGAUAUGUGCUUUUGCCAUCGCUUUCAUCAUCAGCGUCAUGCUUAUCGCAGCCAAUCAGGUGCUUCGGAGCGGCAUGAAGUAG